CACUUGUGACUUCUCAGGAAAACGUGUGGUAUAGAAUAAAUAGCACUAACCUUUUCAAUUGUUUGUCUGAUUUUUUAGUUAAAUUAUUAAAUUAAGGUUAUGUCUAAAUGGUGCGUUUUAAGAACACUUCGUUAUUAACACAAACCGGAUAAUUGUUCGAGUGUAAAUUAUAUAAACAACAUACAUUUAAUGUUUAAUAUUUUAUGUUGCAUGAAAUGUUUAACUAUAUUUAAUUUAAACAUAGUUACAGUUAUAUGAGCAUACAUAGUUUUAUUGCGCGUGUGUAUGUAUGUAAAAUUCUAUAUUGAUUUAUAUAUUGGUAAAAGAUAUAAAAAACAAAUUAUUUUAAUAAAAGAAACUGCUAUGUUAGAAUGAGCACCUUGACACAAAAUAUUAUUGACAAACUUACAGAAGAAAUGGUAUCGCCGAUAUCCCAUAAACGACCAUGCACACCAGUUUUAAAGAAAUCGCGAGGUUUACCUUUACCCUCAAUCACUGAAGUAGAUAAAACUACUAGUUGUCACAGAUCGUUUUUAGAUGAUGAACUGAAUAGCACUGAUGAUAUGAUUUCUCCUCCAGAUUCUCCAGUUAAAAAGCGAAUGAUUUCUCCAAUUAAGAGCACCAGUUUUCAGUCUCCACCUUCAAUACAAAGAGGAUUCUUAGCACUUAGACUUUUUGACACUCCUCACACGCCAAAAACUUUGGUUAGUAAAUUUAAAAAUAAUACAAACAGUGAAAAUGGCAUAAGUUCUAAUGAAGGGCCAGCUAGUAGAACACGCCUAAAAAAGAAAAAAACAAAUUUAGAUGAUCGUAAAAGAAAAAAAUCAGAUCGUAAACAAGCAGGAAAGUUGGUUGUAUAUGCUAACAUAAACCCUUUCACUCCAUCUCCAAGCAUAGUUAAAGCAAAAAGAACAAGAACUGAUUUUGAAAGUGAGUCCAUUAUUAGUGAUGAGGAUUCAGAAAAUGAGAUAGAUGCAGAGAUUUGUGGAAACCCUACAAAAAAGUUAGCUUUGAGAGAAACUAGCAUAUCAAGAUACAAUGCUGAAUUUGUUGAGUUAGAUUUACUUGGCACAGGAUCGUUUGGCUCAGUGUACAAAUGUCUAAACAGAUUAGAUGGCUGUUUUUAUGCUUUAAAACGAUCAACAAAACCUAUUGCUGGAUCAUUGGAUGAAAAAAUGGCUUUGCGCGAAGUUUGGGCACAUGCUGUUCUUGGUCAUCACCAACAUGUUGUACAAUACUAUUCUGCUUGGGCAGAAGAUCAUCAUAUGUUAAUUCAAAAUGAGUUUUGUAAUGGUGGAAAUUUAAAUGAAAAAAUUAUGCAAAAUCGGUUAGAAAAAGUCCUUAUGGAAAUUGUUGACCUCAAGCAACUUAUACUGCAGCUUUGUAAAGGACUAAAAUAUAUACACUCUCUAAACCUUGCACACAUGGAUAUAAAACCUGGAAAUGUUUUUAUUUGUCAUGUUCAAAGAAAAACUAUUGAUGAAAGUAAUAGUGAUGAUGGUUAUUAUGGAGAUCACACUGAGUUAAAGAAAUCUCCAUAUGAUACUGUUUAUAAAAUAGGUGAUCUUGGCCAUGUUGUAUCUCUAAAUAAAAAUCAAAAAAUUGAAGAGGGUGAUUGUAGAUUUUUACCUAUUGAAGUUCUACAAGAGGAUUAUUCCAAUCUUACCAAAGCUGAUAUCUUUGCGUUAGGACUUACUAUUUUCUUAGCGGCUGGAGGAGAUGAUUUACCCAAAAAUGGUCCAAAAUGGCAAGUUAUUCGUAAUAUUGGCCUUCCUAACCUUGAAAAUCGUCCAAAGGAACUAAACAGUCUACUUCAGCAAAUGGUAUCUUGCAAUGCUUCAGAAAGACCAUCUGCUAUUGAAAUUCUACAGUCAUCUUUCCUUGGUUGUUUGACUAAAGAUCAACUUAGAAAAGAGCUCAAAGAAGAAAAGUUUAAAAACCAAAUUCUAUCUGGGAAACUAAUAGCUGCACAAAAAGCUAUCGAUUUGAAAGCAGGCAAUAAACGAGUUGUUGGAAAUAAAGUGACAAGAAGUAUGAGUAUGAGCGUCAUAAUUUGAUUUUUUUAAUUUUUAUUUUUUAUUUUUUUAAUGAUCAGAUUAUGAUGAGAAUUCUGCUUCCAUUUGUAAAUAUUUAUAUGAGCUAUUCUUUUGAGAUGGAUGUGCAACGUUAUUUUUUGCAUAUCUUUUGGUAUUUUUGUGUUCUGUUAAAGUUCGUUCUAGGAACCGAUUCUCUUGCUAUAACAAAUAUAUAUUUUUAGAGUAACAAAUCAUAAAUGGUCUUAUUCAGGAAAACUUUCUUUUCAGAUUUAUACAUUAAAAUUUUAU